AUGGCACCCUCUCUGGAAGAGCCCAUCGUUGCCUCAUCUCCGGCACCCAUCAUUGUUCCCCUCAAGGGAGUUGCGGCCGGUAACAAGUUCGGCUAUGUCCCUGGACGGACACUCGUGAAAGAAUAUACCAGCUACGACUACGAUGAUCUUCUACCCUCUUUCCCCAACAUUCAUUGGAAACCAUUAGAGGAAAUCGAGCACCAAGACCGGGGAAUUUCUGGAGAUCCCAAGUUCCGUAACCUCCUCCAAGAUGCCUCCAAUGUAUUCGACUACAACCCCAAGAUUGGAACUGAGAUUCACGGAGUCGACUUGGCCAAUUUGACAGAUGCUCAGAAGGACGACCUGGCUCGUCUGGUAGCAUACCGAGGAGUUGUUUUCUUCCGUGAUCAGAAGAACCUGAAUGUUGAUGCGCAACGGAACCUUGGAAAGCACUUUGGAAGGCUGCACAAGCAUUCUACUACUUCCGUUCCCCGCAAGGGAGGCCUUGAAGAUGUCCACGUCGUGUACACGGCUGACAACUCCCCGGACAACCGUGCCUUAUUCAGCCCAAGCUUCUUGUGGCAUUCAGAUGUUACAUACGAAGUUCAACCGCCAUCAUACACCAUGUUGAAGGUGCUCACCGGCCCCCCAAGCGGAGGCGGUGGCGACACCCUCUGGUCGUCACAAUAUGCCGCCUAUGAUGUCCUGUCCUCUCAUAUGCAGACUUAUCUCAAAGGCUUGACUGCCCUCCACUCGGCUGAUAUGCAAGCCAACGACUCACGGGCUCUUGGUCGUCCAGUUCGUCGAGACCCAGUCACCACCGAACACCCUCUUAUCCGCACAAACCCCGUCACAGGCUGGAACAGUCUGUUCUUCAAUCCCGGCUUCGUCACCGCCAUCGUUGGUAUUCCAAAGGGUGAAAGCGAUGCCAUUAUCCGGUACCUCACUGAUGUCGUUGCGACGACACAAGAGGCACACGCUCGCUUCCAGUGGAACGAGGGUGAUGUUGCCAUCUGGGACAACAGGACAACGAACCACUCUGCUACAUACGGAUUCACACCUCAUCGUCGUCACGCUAUCCGCGUCGCUGCCCAGGCCGAACGCCCGGUUCUGAAGGACUCGGGCAUAUCACAGGAGGAUGAGAUCAACGCUUUGCAUGGUCUACCCGCAGUCAACAAGAACGGGGCACGACAGUCAAACUACAAUGACUAG